AUGUUUAGAUUUUGCGGCAAUUCUCUUAAUUGUGCUCGCAAGCCAGAGCAGGGGGCUGAUGGACAACACGGACAUCUUUAUGGUAAUCACUAUUGUUGCCUGCUGCUCCUAUGUCGAUUUGUUUUUACAGGACUUAAUCCCGGUAUGGGGGACAUGAAGACCCCAGAUUUUGAUGACCUGUUGGCAGCAUUUGACAUUCCUGACAUAGAUGCCAAAGAUGCCAUCCAGUCUGCCCCGGAUGAGUCAGAGGGACCCCACGGAGUUGCAGGUGCACCUCUGGGAAAGUCAGAUGGUGUGGUGGGUAUCGGGUCAUCCUUAAGACCGCCGAGCCCCUCGGACCCCCAGGCGGACACUUCAAUUGUUAGUGUGAUCGUGAAGAAUAAAGUCUGCCUCGAGGCUGCGGACGGAGAGGAGGGCGACACAGACCAGGACCCCAUCGACGUGAUCGCAGGGGUCGAUGUGGGUCCGAGACUCGGGGCGUGCGCCCCUGGAAUGGCUGAAUCUGAGGCGCUCAACCACAACGGUUUUGGGGCAUCGAGUGUGUCCACGCCCCUCCCCCUCAGCCAUUCUAACGGAACGCCGUGGUCAAUAAACACCCCGAAAGUUUCUUCAGAAGCACCGGGCGCAUCGAAGUCUCACAAGCAGGGCGGGAACAUUUUCAACAGACUGAAACCGCUUGUGGCACAGGGGUCUGGAGAUCCAGUGGGCCGGGCGAGGAAGAUGCAGCUUCUGCAGCAGCAACACCAGCAGCAGCAGGAUACGGGCCAAGAGCGGGCCGACGGCGUCAAAGCGUCGUUACCUUCGUCUUCCUCCCUAUCGGCCGGGUCGUCUCCUCCGGCUGCAGGCGGGGCGGUCGGACUCGCCUCGCCUUUCUUUCCCGCUCCACCCUCCGCCCUAUCGGCACACCCGCUGCACUCGUCUCAGCCUUUUAACGGAGCUCCCAAAGGUGGCCCUGCUGGAUUUCAGCACCAACAGAUGGAGGAGGAGGAGGAGGAUGAUGAUGAGGAUGAUGAGGAGGAUGAUGAGUCUGACCCUGAUUUGGAGAGUCCUCUGGUGAUCCAAGAGGGCCCCGACUCCCCGACAUGCACUCAGCCGAGCCGCCGUUACAAGUCGGACUCCGUCUCAACGCAGCCCACCUCUUCGACGGCGUCUCACCCGAAGCCUGGGGACGCUCCCUCAGGGGCGUCUCUGACUUCAUCCACGCCCCAGUCCGGCUCAAUGGAGAGUCCCCAGCUGGAGGACAGACACCCGGAACACGUCAUCGAAGAGCGAGACUCGCCGGAGAGUCCUGAGCCAGAGGCGCCAAAAUCUCAAGCUGCAUCAAAAAGGAGCUCCAGCCCCGCAGUGGCCUCCACUCCUCCUCCCACUGAACUGCGGGACCCCAAAGAGGAGGAGGAAGAGAUUGAAGUGAACAAUGGGAUCGAGAAGGUCGCCGAUGGAAAAGCAGACAAGGGAGACACCGGGAGAACGAGCGAGGAGAAGACGGAGGCAGAUGAUGCAAAGCUUCAAUCUGUGUCCACUGAUGGAGAAGCAGGCGUUGCUGCACCUGCUGCUUCUGGAGCUCCAGCCCGACCCCUCAAAGUCCGAAUAAAAACGAUUAAAACGUCCACAGGCGGAAUCACCAGGACCGUGACGAGGGUCGCUCCUAAAGGUGGGCCGGCGGGAAAAGGUCAGGACAAAACUGGGGAACGUAAGGUUUUGGGAAACAAGGGCCAGAAGCUUGAAGCGUCCUCGGGUCACAUGACCACAACCUCCCAGAAAGUAAGCGCUCUCAACGCUCUGCCCGUGUCCACGCUGGCGGCCAGCAGCGUGAUGCUCGCCGCCGCCUCCAAGGUCCAGAACAAAAUGGCUGCGUCUGACAAGGCCAAGGUGUCCGCCACGGCGGUCAGCAUCACGAAGUCCGCGGCGCUGCCCGCGACUCCCGCCGUGGCCUCCUCUCCCAAGUUCUCCGUUGCCGCGGGCGGGAUCAGCGUGCGCACGUCCACGAACAAGACGGCCGGCGGCGCCCUGCAGCCGAACAAACCGGCCUCCAUCGUCAACAGCACGGGGGCCGUCAUCUCCCGCAGCCAGUCGAGCCUGGUGGAGGCGUUCAACAAGAUCCUGAACAGCAAGAACCUCUUGCCGAGCUACAAGCCGGACCUCUCGGCGCCGCCGCCGCCCGAGUGGGGCCUCCCGCUGCCGGCCGCGGGGUACCGGUGCCUGGAGUGCGGCGACGCCUUCGCCCUGGAGCGCAGCCUGGCUCGGCACUACGACCGGCGGUCGCUCCGCAUCGAGGUGACGUGCAACCACUGCGCCAAGAGGCUGGCCUUCUUCAACAAGUGCAGCCUGCUGCUGCACGCCAGGGAACACAAGGAGCGCGGGCUGGUCAUGCAGUGCUCGCACCUGGUCAUGAGGCCCGUCACCGUGGAGCAGAUGAUCGGUCAGCAGGACAUGGCGCCCAUCGGCGGCCCGCUCACCUCUUCGUCCUCCUCCCCUCCAGUCUCAUCCCCUUCGACCACGUCCGGGGGCCCCGCCGUCUCUGCCGGCUCCAGUCCCAUGAAGGAGGGCUCGGCUCCGGCGACGCCUCGUCCGGUCCGCCGCGCCCCCCAGGGCCCCCAAGCACUGAUGCCUCUGCCUUGCAAGAAGGCCGAGCUUCUGCAGUACAACAGCUACAAAUGUCCGGAGUGCCAAUCGCAAUUCUCGGGCAAGGCCGAGCUGGUCACCCACUUCCAGCAGAUCAGAGCGGCUCCCAACUCGACGUGUACGCAAUGCUCGCCUCCCAUGAUGCUGCCCAACUCGUGCGCCGUGUCGGCCCACCAGAGGGUCCACAAACACCGAGCGCCUCACGUCUGUCCCGAGUGUGGGGGCAUCGCCCGGCAGGCCAGCUUCCAGACCCACCUGGAGGAGGCGUGUCUGCACUUCGCCAGGCGCAUUGGAUACAGGUGCUCGAGCUGCCAGGUCGUGUUCGGAGGGUUGAACUCCAUCAAGUCCCACAUUCAGACCGCUCACUGCGAGGUCUUCCACAAGUGCCCCAGCUGCCCCAUGGCCUUCAAGUCUUCCCCCAGCGCCCAGAGCCACAUCAGCACCCAGCACCCAACGCUGACCGGAGGACAGGCCAAAAUGAUCUACAAGUGUGUGAUGUGCGAUACGGUUUUUACCCAGAAACCCUUGCUCUACAUGCACUUUGACACCCAUUUAGCCAAGCAAAAAGUGCACGUGUUCAAGUGUCCUGACUGCACCAAGCUCUACGCCCAGAAAGGAUCCAUGAUGGAACAUAUUAAGACGGCUCACAGAGGGCCGUCAGCCAAACAGACAGAGUCUCAGCCCGACGCCUCCACCGCCUCCACCGCCGCCUCGGCCCCGACCAACACGUCCGGCCCCUCCGGCCCCAAAUCAAAGUCCUCUGGGAAACCGGACAACUCUGACGGAGAGGACUGGGGUCGGGACCAGGAGGAGGAAGACGACGAGGAGGAAGAGGACGACGAGGACGACGACGGGGACGAGGACUACGAGGCUCCGGGGGCUAACUCGACCGCCGCGGGCGGCAGCAGCAGUCAGCCCCCCGCCCCCACGGAGUGGACCUGCCCCCAGUGUCAGUCCACCUUCACCGACAACGAAGACUAUUUGAGUCACGUGAAGACAGAGCACGGCAAGUUUCCUUGUCGUAUCUGUGGAGGCACGUUCAGCACGUCUUCCAGCCUGAGACGUCACGAGCGCGUCAUUCAUGAGGGCAAUAAGAGAGUCUUCCACUGCCAGUAUUGUACAGAAGGGAAACGCACCUUUGGUAGUCGAUUCUUACUGGACAAGCACAUUCGGCUCCAUCACAGAACCACAGAUGGACAGGAAAGACCCAUGACCAGGAAGCGAGCAGCCACAGGGGGAGAGGGACCAGGGAGCUCCUCGGAGCAGGACGGCGAGGGCGGCCCCCCCGGAGGCAGGGCAGGAGACGAGGAAGAGAACGGCCCCGAGGACGGCGAGGAGUUCGCCGCAGCUCCUGCGAAGAGAAGCAGGACGUCCGCGGCCCCCAACGAGCCGGAGGAGGAAGACAACAUUUUUCGCUGCGUCCCCUGCGGCUUCUCCACCGAGGAUGGGGCGGAGUUCCAGCGCCACAUCCCCCAGCACCGGGCCGACACCGCCUCCUUCCAGUGCCUGCAGUGCGGCGUCUGCUUCGCGUCCGCCGGCUCCCUCAGCAGGCACCGCUUCAUCGCUCACCGCGUGCGGGACGCCCACGGCGACGCGGAGCGCGGCACCCAGCGCGCCCACGCCACGCCCGACGGCUCGCCCGCCGGCUCCCCUCAGGCGCAGGGCGAGGACGGAGAUGGGAACCUGAUCUGCAAGGUGUGCGGCCGGCGUUUCGACAAGGCCUCGGACCUCAACACUCACUUCAGGACCCACGGCAUGGCCUUCCUCACCGCACACAAGACGGACAAGCCCCAGUAGAGGGGCGGGGUCGAAAGAGACCGACAGAUCACCUCCAAUGAGGCGUUCGGGAGGGGUCACGAUGGAGGAAGAGAGGCUGCAGAAGAUGAAUGUCGACCCCGAGAUGAAACAGUUGGAAUCUAAUCUACGGCGCCUCCUCUGUGCAAUUGUAACUGCAUGUUUGGUCCUUUUGGUCACUUCCCUGAACACACCUGUGAGACUCAAACAGCCCUCUGAGUAAAGCAUUUAUAUAUCAGCCAUACUGUGUGAUACAUCUUGUCCUUCCAUCUCACUCUGCACUGACUGUAGCCACCCGUUUUUGUUUUGUUUUUGUGUGACACCGUAAACACGUACACCUCACAGGAGUGCCGAUAUUUUUGUACCCAACCUAUCGUUUGUGCUAUUCAUACUCAUUCGACUCAUUAUUUCGGCAUUAGAUGGCUUUUAAAACUCGAGACAUCUGAAGCAUGAAGGGGAGCGUUUGGAGAAAUUAAACACAUUUUUAUGUUGCUAUAAUAUUUAUUUGUACGAAACACAUUACUGCUGUCGGUACUUGUGCGAGUCGGUCGACUUCCCUCCAGCAGAGACUUGAGAUGAGAACCUCUGAAGACAUUUCAUUUGGAGACGCGGUUAUUGGAGGUCCGUAGCCUGUGUCGUGUGAACAAUGUGUGAUGUUAAGCUAGAAGAAGAGCGGUCGGGCUUCCUGCCGGUAGUAUACGUGUACGUUUGCCAUGUAAAUACAUAUUACACUAAAAAGAAAGCAGUCUGGUUUUAGUAACUUGCUAUGAUAAUGUGAAUACGUAUAGUAUUUGUACCGUUCUUUUUUUUCUUCUUUCUACAAACAAUUUAAAGUUCAAAAGAAUCCCCCCAGAGGUAAGCUAUACAUUGUAAUUACAAAGCAGCGGGAGCUACGUGGUGGUUGUGUUGUCUUAAUGUGUACCAAUACAUAAGUUCUUUUUUUA